CGCUGCCGCACUCUCGUGUCUCGCCCUCGCCUUCUCCCCGCCCUCUCGCCUCUCACCCUCCUCUCACAAGAGAAGCGCCACCGUUCAGUGAGCUUGUAGCCGCUGCCGCCCUCCACAUCUCCUGCUGUUGCAUUACACUGACUUGGGAUCUCACUGAGGUUUGAUUCUUGGAGGCCCUUUGCUACUCUAGAUAGGAUUUCCUAUAUUGACAACUGUGGUUAAAAUGGAUGAUACUUUUAUUAACGACAGGCCUGAGGAUGUGUCCUGGCUAUGUUCCCUUUCAGAGUCUGAGAUUGAUAUGCUGAUAAAUUUAAAGUUGUUGAUCCUUCACCGUGCUAAGAGGAUAGGUCAUGUGCAACUAGCUGAGAAAUUUGACCUUAAAGUGCUUCGAGCAAUUGCAUUCAUUUUGAUAGAAUAUCUCAAAGAACAAUUGAAAGAUUCAUCACUUACUCUAGAUAUGGUGAAGCCUGCUGCUUUUUUGGAUGCUUGCAACUUUUUGAGAUGUAAUCAUGAGGGUGUCAUGAGUGUUGAAGAUUUAAGUAAAAAUAUUGGCAUUGAUCCACAACACAUUGUGAGAGGGCCACAGGAAGAAGCGGGUUUUGCACAAGAAGAAAUGGGUUCAAAUCUAAAAAAACGAAAAAGGAAGAGCUUUUUUGUCCGACACAAAAGGCAGAAGUUGAAAGCAGGGAACAAUUAGAUUUAAUUGUUGAAAGGGCUGAAAUUUAUAGCUGAUUGACGACUCACUCUGCCUUCUGGUGACUGGAACCUUAGAUUUUGAAUAACCUUAGCAACCUGGCAGUAUUAGAUCUAUAGGUUUCCCCCGGCCGGGGAUGUGAUGAGGGCUUGUAUUGUAGAGAACUAGUUGGAGAAUCUGUUCAUUAAAUUUAAAAAUUUGCUGAAAGUGUUGAUUAGAGGCAUUUAUUUCAAAAGGUUUUUGUAUUUAAUUUAGCUCCAUUGAAGUGAUGAGUAUGUUCAUCAAAAUUGAAAUUAAAUUUGUAUAUGUACUGUAAUUUGUUUAUGGAUCUUUUAUAUCACAGGGCAUUCUUCAAUGCAAGCAGGCUAAGUGUUACUGUUUCGUGGA